AUGGAGAACAUGAUGCAGGGCAAUAAGAUCAGACGAGUUGCAGCUACUCGCAUGAAUGAGAGGUCAUCUCGAUCACACACGAUUUUCCGGAUUAUUCUGGAGUCGAAAGAUGCCAAUCAGAAAGAUGGACCUGUACAUAUAAGCUACCUUAACUUAAUGGACUUAGCUGGUUCUGAGAGAGUUUCUCUGACGAAAGCUGCUGGUGAGCGUCUUAAAGAGGGGGCUAACAUAAACAAAUCUUUGUCAGUAUUAGGAAAUGUGAUAAGGCAACUAAGCGAGGGGAAGGAGUUUAUCAGUUAUCGCGAUUCGAAAUUGACUAGACUGCUCUCACAGGCUCUUGGCGAUGUAUAUGGAUCUGUAGUAAAACCUUUAGUCGAUUCCUUCAUGGAAGGUUUCAAUGCCACAAUAUUUGCAUAUGGCCAAACAUCUUCUGGCAAAACACACACCAUUUUGGGCAAUAAAACAGAUCCUGGGCUUUUCCAAUUAGUAUCCAAUCAGUUAUUCCAGCAUGUGGCAGACCAGGUUGAUAAGAGGUACUUGAUUAGAUGCAGUUAUAUUGAAAUCUACAAUGAAAAGAUCAAUGACCUCCUGGAUAAGAGCAAUCAGGGUUUAACUAUAAGAGAAGAUAUCAAAGGAAAUGUGCUGCUUGAUGCAAGGGAAGCUGUCGUAGACAAUGUUGAUAAAGUUAUGGAGAACAUGAUGCAGGGCAAUAAGAUCAGACGAGUUGCAGCUACUCGCAUGAAUGAGAGGUCAUCUCGAUCACACACGAUUUUCCGGAUUAUUCUGGAGUCGAAAGAUGCCAAUCAGAAAGAUGGACCUGUACAUAUAAGCUACCUUAACUUAAUGGACUUAGCUGGUUCUGAGAGAGUUUCUCUGACGAAAGCUGCUGGUGAGCGUCUUAAAGAGGGGGCUAACAUAAACAAAUCUUUGUCAGUAUUAGGAAAUGUGAUAAGGCAACUAAGCGAGGGGAAGGAGUUUAUCAGUUAUCGCGAUUCGAAAUUGACUAGACUGCUCUCACAGGCUCUUGGCGGUAAUGCCAAAUCAUUGAUUAUCGGGAAUGUUACUUUAGCUGCAGAGGAGGAGACUAGAUCUACACCAGAAUUCGCCCAAAGCACUAAAACUGUCAAAAAUAAAACGAAAGUAAACAUCUUGUCAGCUACAGAAGAGACACUUCAAGGAUAUCAGAACUUGACUCGCGAUCUCGAAACUCGGCUCAAAAAGCAGGCAAUUAAGCUAAAAGAGAUGGAUAAAAGCAAACAAGAGUAUCUGCUCGAGAUAGAAAGACUAAAAACGGAAGUAUCUAUUGUCGGGCGCUUUCAAAUGGGAGCCUCGGCAUCAACACCGAAAAAAACAUUAAGACGUCAUACUUUUGGACACUAUGGCAACGUAUCACCUAAAAAAGCAUCCCUAGGGUAUAUGCCAUUGAAAAAUUAUCCACCCAAAGAAGAAUCAUCCGGACGUGAAAUGAGGCCUAUUCAAGAAGAGACAUAUGAGGAGGCACUAGCCGAAGCAGAAUCUGUGAUAGCUGAAGACGUGCAAGUGUACUUAAAAGACAACGCAAAGAACUGGAAGAAUCUUUCAAUGAGCUUAGAGAAUUCACUAAACUAG